AUGCUGGACUUUCCAAUGGAGGAGCAGGUCACUGAAGAAAUGGCGAACAUCCUGGGGUACAACGAGCAAUUGGCCUUCGACAGCAACCUCAGACUCCUCACCCCUGAACCUACGCCAGAGCCUGACCAGCACCGAGUAGCCUCGAGAGACGUCUUGAGCCCUACCUCGACUGGUACAGGGACAGUCAAAAUAUCUGACUACAGCGGAAGAGAUGAUGAGCGAGAUAAGGUGACAGGCCCGACUCCGCCGGCCUGCGCGCAACCACCUCUCACAGCCAGAACAAAUAAUCGACAGCAACAUCAUCGGCAACCUAUCAGACCACGACAACCUGCUGAAUGGCCGCGCCACUGUCGAGGUCCCGGUACACAGCAACGACAGAAUCGACGACUGCAUAAUAGCAGUGGCACCAGAACACCCACCAACCCAAGGUGUGAUUGUCCCAGUGGAACAACCACCCCAGAAAACAGCCAUGAAGUGACCGACGGGGUGCCUCACAUCAGCAGCGAACUAUCAGACGGAAAGUUCGCCCAUGAUUUUGCACCCCCAAACCUCACGGGGCGACUGGAAUCAGACGCGAACUAUCAUUGCGAAAGUCCCGACGGAUAUGGCGACGCCCUCACGAAAAAGCGCCCGACAAGCCCAGCGCUUAGCGAAGAGGAUUGA